AUGAGACCCUGUCUCGAUUCAGCCAAUUUCAGAAUCGAGACUGAGCUUGAAAAACUAAGGAAUGAUAGGAUGAAAAUGAAAAUGGAAAUCAUGAAACUGAAACAACAACGAGAGAACACAAAGAGUUACUUGGCCGUGGUUAAGGAGCGAAUGGGAAACACCGAGUAUAAGCAACAACAUAUACUGAUAUUCAAGGCCAAAGCAUUCUCGAACCUGGCCUUUCUCCAUCAAUUCAUCCAUCUUAUGAGGCUGAAAAAAGAACUGUGCAAUGGCCAAAUCACGAAGAAACGGAGAUUGGCAGCCACCCCACAAAGCAAUGAGGACCAAGUAACAAAUAAGAAUCUGGAGGAGUUUACAACAAAUCAUUCGGAAGUGGAAAGACUAUUCUCUGCUUCGUUGGACGUUGAAAGUAGUCCGAGUUAG